AUGGGUGCCUCUGCAAGUCCAACCGCUAAUGAAACGACUUGCUCUCAGGAAUUCACCGUUGUCCAUGCCUUCUCCAUAGUAUACUUCAUUACUGUAAUCGUUCUCGGAACUGUCGGCAACGGUCUGCUUCUCUGUGUCUUCAUCUUCAACCGGGCGCUCUGCAAAAAAUCCAUCAAUUACCUGAUAUGUGCCAACACCGUCGUCAACUUUCUAAUCUCCGUUCUUUUCGACCCCAUCAUUGCUGCGACCAACUUUGUACCGUGCCUCGAGAGCCACCGGGCAUUGUUCAUGGUGCGGUUGUCAUCUGACUUCUUUCUUGAGGUUUGUGUCGUUUCGUCCAUCUAUACUCUAACAGCCGUUGCUGCGAAUCAGUACUUGCUCAUCUCACGACCAAACACCACGUAUAGACGAUGCUGCACCGGUCGCAAGGCUGUGUCGAUUGUUCUUACAUUGAUCUGGCUUCUCGCGUUAGUCGUUGUGAUGUUAUUCUGGUUUGUUGAGCGGUCUUUGGUCAAGCUUCAUGAGAAGCAUCAGGAGGGCCACAGGGCGAUUGAAAUCUCCUUCGUUUUACCAUGCAUCCUCAACUACUGUCCUCUGAUCAUCAUACCUUGUUUUCAAUGGGGCACUAUGCGUACUAUCCGAGCCAGUCGAGAAAGAGUCGCAAACAAGGCGGCGCCAAGCGCAGCUACAGUGCCCACAACCGUAUCAUCAGUUAGUUCCCCAUCCGAGACACGGGGUUUGUCUCUCGAUGGAGGUCCGACGACGUCAAUGCCACUCCAACCUCCCAUGGUGGCAGACAAAAAUGACGACGAUGAGAAGAAGGUUCGGCGUCGAGGAAAAAACGAACUGCGGACGCAGAGAACGAUGAUGGUGAUGUACAUGAUCCUGGUGGUUUCCUGGACACCGUCAUUGAUGGCCUGGGCGAGUGUAUCUGUGGGAUUGAAGUUAAACAAGGUGCUCGACCUUUUUGGAGCCUUCUUGUCCGUGUACCCAGCCCUCAUUCCAUUUGCCUAUAUGUGGACAAACAAGAACUACAGCAACGUGCUAAGGAAGAAAAUAUGGUCUAAAAUACGACCUCAAUAA